CUAAUCGAACAUCAAAAUAAACUUGGACUUUUGUGUAGUCGCUGAAGUUUGCUCCGAAAAUUAGCAUGAACUACAAUAAAAGGCAAGAUGCAUGUUUAUUAAAACUAGCGGUGUUUGUAUAUAGAUAUUUUUACUUUUCGCUGUUGGCUACUAAUGUUUGUUUCCGGUUUUUUCUCCAGUUAAAGAAAUUAACUGAACUCACCAUUUGCCCGCUAGCUUAGCUAAGCUAAAGUUUUAAUUAAAUAUACGUGCUAAAAGUGACGCAUGCCAGCUAUCCCAGUGCCACAGAAGCCGUGCUAUGGCUACAUGUAAGUUUUAGUCGUGUCAGGAUUGUGUCCAGAGAGCAGCAUGGAGAGCACUGUGGGGGAUAUUCUGCACUGUGAGGAGCGGCUGAGGUCUACACUGCACUGUGAUGAUAAGGAGAAGCUUCGUAGGAAGUUGGCUGAACUACAAAGGGAAUAUCUCAAGACAGCCCAGAGACUACAGCGUGCUGAGCGCUCAGAGGCAGUGAGGAGACAUGUGAGGAACCGGAUCACUGAACAAAACCAUCAGGACCAAAGAGGCACGGAGGCCGCAUCAGAUCUCCGUCUCAAUCCUUCUUCGUUGACACUGAACAGCAGCAGUGACGCAGCGCAGGGCUUACCUCAAUGCCAGGGACACACUGAAGGUCCAGCAGAUUCUGACAACUCCAGGAGGACCCAGGUGAUCAGAUUCUUGCUUCCAUCUGAUGCUGCUUGCCCACAAAUGCCAGAUCCCAGCCAUGCUGCACCUACAGGUCACAGACCAAGUUCUUCCCUGCGCCUCAGGUCACGACGCAGCCGCCUACGCUGGGAAUGUAGAAGUGCUGAGACUGGCAAGUGUGAAAAGGGACAGAAACAGAGUGAAGGGAUGGAAAGAGCAGGAGAGGAGGAGAAACUCAAAUCAGAGGGAGGAGAUGCUAUGAAUGAAAGAGAAGAGUUUUUUUCUGGUACAGACUCUGAAUCUCCCUCUCUGCUGCUUACACACUGGAGUGCACAUGGAUGCACUACUGAAACACGAGAUAUUCAGGGAAAAGACAUCCCUGGAUCCCAAGAACAAAAUGAAAAAUAUACAGUGUCAAAACAUGAAGGGGAAAAAGAAUCUGAGUCAUUGUUGGUCAUGCCUUACAACCCUACGAUACAAACUGAAGAAAGCGGGCAGGAGGACACACAAAACGGAAGAAGAAAAGAAGUGGAGAAAGGGGAGGUUGGUGAGAAUAGUAGAGGACACACUGAAGACACUGAACAAAAUGUGGUGGAGAAAACAGAAGGCAAACACAGUCAUGAUAAUAGUGUGGAACUAAAAGGGGAAAAGAAUGGGUUUACUGGAGAUGGAAAAAGCGUGAGCCUCUUGGAUUCCUGUACAUUAGUGGAAGGGCUACUUUUCCCAGUGGAGUACUACGUUCGAACCACAAGACGAAUGACACUUUCACAGAGCCAGCCUGACGUGCAGGCUGUCAUAGCAUCCCAGCUGAGCAGGGGGCGACAUCGAAGGAGCCGAGGGCGUGGCAGAGGACAGAAUAGGAACACACACACCAGUGAACAUUCAGAGCAGCGCAGUCAGACAAAUUUCUCCUCUCUGAGAACCGCAUCUGCAGAUUCUAAUAAACCAUCGCAGACUGUCGGUGUAUCCGCUGAGCACAGCCAGAGCUCUGGUGAGAUUUCAGAUCACAUCUCAGCUUGUCGGAUCGACACUAGUUUUUCUCCCACAGUCACCACUGUUCGUCCAGCACGAGGCCGGAGAAGGAAGAGAGGCGUGGGCAGAGGGAGAUCUCAGAUGCCACGAGCCUCUCUUAGUUUGAAUGUACAUCAAUCAGCAGGUGAUCCCAAACCCACCAGCACCCCAAUCUCUUCCUGGCAGUCUGCCCAAGGAGCUGAUGGACCAGAGCCCUGCCUCAUACCAGAAGAAACGGACCCAUCAACAGAUGAACCGCACCAUGUGUCCUCACACAUCACUGAUCCUCCAGUUUCUUCUGGAGUUAAUGGAGCUCCUUCCAGCUCUGCCUCUGGACAUCCAAAGGAGGUCUGCCAAAUCUUUAUGAAGAAGAACACCGAGGCUAACGGAUCCCCACAGAACAGAAGUAAGACAUGUACAUCGAGCUGGCGAUCUCUCCUCUUGCCUUCCUCUUCACCGGCUCAAACAUCUCUGCUUCCUCUUCCCUCUCUGUUGUCUGGACGGCUGACGAACUUGGACACCCACCAAGAUUUUCAUCUUCCAGACGACCAGUUUGCUUCCCUGAAGCUGCUCAAGCUUCGCCAAGUCACCAGAGAAGCAGCAGUUGAACCUUUCUCAUCCCCAUCUUACAACACCCGCAGUAGCUGGCGGCGCACUGACUUUCAAUGCAGCAGUGAUCCAGCGAUGCCUCUUCCUCUCCCGCUGAGCCUCACUCCCACAAUUGUAAAUUCACCUCAUCAUAAUGAAGAACAGCUGACUGCUGCCCAUUCCACGGACAUCCACAACUUAUCGACAGAACGCAAGCUUACAGAUACAGUGAUUAGCCCGUCCUUCACUGAAGAGCAGCAGACUGAAAACGUCUUUGCAGAACCUCACUCCAUCUCAACAGAACCAAAGUCAGUGGUCCAAAAGUGUGCUGAUGACUGCGUAGAUGAAGAGCAUGAAACUGUGACUCUGAACUCUUCUGUCCAACCACAGACUCAUAUGAACUCUGCAGAGAGAACAGUCAGCACUGAGAAUGAUCACGUCAUUGAUCACCCAGAUAAACUUGAAGUAAAAUAUCCUGCACCAGAAAAACAAACACAUUUGUGUUCUGUGGCCCAUCCUUCAGAGCCUCUGAGCUGUAUAAACCACCAAGCAGAAGAUAAAGUUAUCACUGAGACUGUUUUCUUUGAGUCCACUCUACAGGAAGCCCCGUCCAGCAGCUGCACUGUUUUACAAGCAUGUAAUGAUGUGGAACCUCCAGGAGAAUCUCCUGUGAAACUUGUGACCGUUCCAUCUUCUCCCACAGAUUCAAACAAAACUUCUGAACCCAACGCAGAUCUUUCUCCAAACAGACUCACUGAAAAUCAGCCCAAAUGUUCACACAGUGUCAGCUCUCAACUCAUUUUGAGUUCUCCUCUGGCUUCAGUGCCCUGCUCCUUCAUAACUCCACAUCAGCCCUCAUCUACCCUAACAACCAGCCCUAAGCUGCCCUCCUUAGGACUUACCCCUCACCCUGUUACCUGCAGUCUGACCUCCUCCCCUUGUGCCCCUUUUCUCACUCUGCCUCCUCCUCACAGCCCUUCCACACAUGAUCUCUCUCCUCCAGCUCUGUCUCCCUCUCACUCCAUCACUUACCUCCCUCCUAUCCUGCCUCCCCUCUCUCCAUCUGGUCAGAUCCAGGCUUCAGCUGAGCCACCACUUAAGGCCAGUCAGCAUCACACAGUUGAAUCUGCUACUCCCCUGACUCCCUCAAACCGUCCACUGGAGGACUCAGCUGGGGAGUUUGGCCUGAAAACAGAGGAGAUGACAGAAGAACUUGUGAUUGGACACAUGCAGACUUUGAAGGCUGCAGCAGGAGGCAUUCUGGUGGAUGUGUGCUGUUUUCCUGGCUCUUCAGGCGGUUUGUGUGUAGCAGCAGCGGGAAAGUGGGCUGUGUGCCUUUGGAGUCAGGCUUCAGCAUCUGAAUGGAAAUUAACUCACACCUGGACCUUCAGUGAGCCAGUGAUCAAUGUGUUUCCUGUCCUGGAUGCUGCUGGGCUGAUAUGUGUGACUCUGGGUCAGCUGGAAAUCAGAGAAGUGAGAACGCUGUCAUGCUCCAGCCUCAUGCAGAUGUUGCUGUGUGAGGGGGUUCUUCAGGCAGCGAUCGGUGUGUCCGAGUCCAGAGUGGUGACCACCUCCCACUCAGCAACAGGUUCCACCCUGCAGGUGUUUAUGCUGUCGGACUACAGCUCACCAAGCUGUCAGCCUCUGGAGUCUCCCGGUGUUUGUGUCGGAGCCCUUGCCCCAGUGGACGGACUUGCUGAUGCUCUGAUUGGUACAGAUGAGGGCGGACACCUUUUUGUCUGGAAUUUAAAGACUGGGCAGCUGCUGUGCAGAGUCCUCCUUGGAGAAGGUUUUUCUCACACAGCCUGCCUCAGAGGUUACUCCUCCUGUGGAGUGUUGUUCGUCCUGCUGCAGCAUCAGUUUCUAAACUCUUUGGAAGAAGAAGAAAAGGAGGGAAGAAUAAAAGAUCACAAGACCGCCUUGUUCUCCCUGGUCGCCAUUAACCCUCUAAGUGGAAAAUCCAUCCCUGCUACCCAGCUGUAUCCACCGGAAAGCUGGACUGGCAGGCUGUGCGAAGCCGACAUCAGUGGCUCGAGCGUGGUGGGCCUGAGCCAGAACGGCUGCGCGUGUGUGUGGGAACUCGGGCGCCCGGGGGCUUCGAAGAUGGUGUGGGCUCCAGAGAGCGACGGCUGGCAGCUGGCUCGAUGGGGGGGACGAGACACGCUGGUGACUGGACAUCACAACGGAGACGUCACCUUACACUGCUACAGUCAGACCGCACUGCUGCUAAAAACAGACUCUCAGAUGGCUUUUUAAUCAAAUAUAAAGAUCUUUGUGUCGCUCUGCAUUGACAUAAAGAUAUUAAGAUACUUGAGCAUCAUACUGGGGCUCUGCACCCAGUAUGAUUUUUAGUUGGAUAUGUUCCCUUCAUUUAGCUGACAUGGUUAGCACUGUAAACUGUAUUGCAUUGCAAGCUCAUACCUUCUGCUUGAGUUAAUUUAAGAUGAAGCUUUAACCACAAAAACUUGGGCAUUCAUAUUUGAGCAUAUACCAUAAAACAGUAGCUACUGGUAAAGCUUUAUAAAACAUCACACCCUGGACCUCCGCUGUGUGAAGAUGUCACUUUUAGAUCACUGUAACAUCAGACUGAAAACCAGCUUUGUGUUUUAUUACUGCAGCCCUUUUGACUGUUCUGUUUGUGUUGCUGUAUUUGUUAUAUCUGAAGAAAAAGAUCUUACCA